AUGAGGCGAGCCCUAGAUGCGCCGGUGACCAAGCUCAUUUGCAACCAUUGUGGUGGUGCCUAUCGGAGAAGGGACGUUCUACGUCGCCAUCUCGGAACAUGCAAGCACAAUGUUGGCGACCAGAAACCCGCUGAUCCCGGCAAGCCAGGAAGAAAGCGAAAGGCUUGCAAUUCCUGCGCCACAGCUCGAUCAUUCUGCGAUGGGGACUGCCCGUGCGAGGCCUGCCUGCAAAGGGGCCUGGAAUGCUCAUUCACUCGUCCGCAUAGCCUUUCCCGAACAUCCAUCUCUCCCAACGAGCCUCCAGGCCAGCAAUCACCUGCGAGCCUCGCUGCAUCAAGUCCAGCGGCUUCCAUCUCUCAGUCUGUCAAACUGUCCAUACCCUUCCUCUUGCACUACACUGAUGUCGAGAACGAAUCACGAUACGAGAGUCUCCGACUACUGUCUCAGUGCAACCCCGCAGACUCGAGAUCCGCAUGCUGUGCCGUGAACCAUCAAUCCCACCACCCUCACAUCAUCACGGAAUCCUGGGAAAGCCUUUUCAAAUCAUUCAUCAACACUGCUACUUUGGAUCCCUCCUGCAGCCUACACCCUGCUCCCGGGGACCGGUUUGACCUGGGAGAGCUCGAACACACGUCGUCCGAGAUACUAUCUCUGUUGCAAAAUGGUCAGUGUUCUCCACCAGAGCAAUUGGUGGAUUUAGACAGAGCGAAGCAGCUAUUCACACCGCUGAACAUCGCCCAAUUCCUUGAAGCCUUUUUCGACAACGCCUUCCACAAUCAUUUCAUCAACCCCGCAACCUUCCGAUUGGGCGAAGCAUCGACGCUUCUUAUCCUAACCAUGGUGCUCCUCGGAGCGGUGUACACCUCCCCCUACAAUGGCAGUGAUCUAGAAACGUACUCAAGCGUGACCGAGCACCUGAUAUUCACCGGCCCGUCUUUCCAGCACAUAACAAAUCCAGGCAUCAACGCCCUGAACGACCGCAGCACUCUGGAAACCCUCCAAGCCACGAUGCUCGUAGUGACGCUGCAGGCGUACAAGCAGAACCCGGACAGCAUCCGACGAGUCCGCCUGCAACGCCUACCGGCGCUCUUCACCGCCAUCCGCAUGCUGAACCUGAACCAGAUCACGAACGACUGUAUUCCCAACGUCUCUGGCAGGGACGCAUACCUGCUCCGAGAGGGGCUUGUCCGCGUCAUGGCCGGCAUCUAUCUCCUAGACUGCUACUGCGUCAUCUUCUUCCGCUACCCAACCCAGCUCCGGAUCGAGGAGGUACUCUUCGCGAUCCCUGAGCGGGACGACCUGUUCAACGCCCGCGAUACUCCCGAAUUUGAGCAGCUCGCCGGCGGCGUCCCCAGCGCGCCGUCACGUGCGCCCCUCCGGGUCCGAUCCGUCCUGCGCGACCUGAUGCGGGCCGAAGGUCGCGCGCCGCACCGUGAAGCCUACCUCCCUAGCACGGUCUUUGGAUCGUUUCUCGUUCUGUCGGCACUCCAAUGCGUCCUGUUCGAUCUGCUGGCCCUGCACGCCCUCACGGACGAACCGGGGCUCUUCGAUGCGGUCGACCGGGGCCUGGACCGAUGGAAGGCCCACUGGGAUGACCUGUGCCGCGGCGCGUCGGAUUCACCCAGCGCGGAACGGGCCGGGUUCAUCAUCCAUGCGGUUGAGUACUGGUCGGUGGCCAAGGCCCUCGUCAAGCAUCCCUCCGUUGCCGCGUUGCCGGAAGACAAUCACGACAACGACAACGACAGCCACCACCACGAUAGCUUUCGUCGUCUGGUGGACCGACUGACGACGAGGGACUGA